AUGAUGAAGAUCUGGUCGCUGAAGCGGUCCGAGGACCAGGCCGCCAAGUCAAAGCCAAAGACGAGCGCGGCGCUCAUCCGCGUGCAGAAAGACUUGACCGAACUCGACCUCCCUCCCACCAUGAAGACCCACUUCCCCAACCCCGAAGACCUCCUCAACUUUGAGCUCACCAUCACGCCGGACGAGGGCAUGUACAAGGGCGGCACGUUCAAGUUCACGUUUGCGAUCAACAACAACUACCCCCACGAUGCGCCCAAGGUCAAGUGUGUCCCCAAGAUCUACCACCCCAACCUCGACCUCGAAGGCAACGUCUGCCUCAACAUCCUCCGCGAAGACUGGAAGCCCGUCCUCAACCUCAACGCUGUCAUGGUCGGAUUGCAGUACUUGUUCCUCGAGCCUAACGCCGAUGACCCGCUGAACAAGGACGCCGCCAACGACCUCCGACAGAACCGCGAGCGCUUCAUGCAGAAUGUCGCCAAGUCGAUGCGUGGAGGGUUCGUCGGGAGCGAGCAGUUUGAUGAUGUCAGGGUUGGGAGGUAG